AUGAACACAAUCAGAUCCACCUGGAUUGGCUGGGGCGCCCUCUGUGUUGCUGGCGGCGGGGCCUACUACUUUGCUAAACAGUCCAUCAAUGCCGACCGACAGAACAGAUUCGAGGCCGAUCUCAAGCGCAAGGCCCAGAUGAAGGCAAUGGAAGAAGAGCACCGACGCCAAGCUUCGUUAAACCUCACAACACCGGUCCCGACCGAUGAUGCCAGCUUGAAGCGUGCGAACGCGGCCAGAGGCCAGAAUUCCGCGGACGAUGUCGCCUCUCCCAGCACAGAGGAUUCUCAUGACCCAGCCCCGACUCGUCAUGAGCCUCUCACAGACAAAGACCGAGUCCUCGAGAAGGGGAAAUAUGAGGCGGCAGAGCCAUUCAGGCCUCCGCGCGGGAACAGAUUCAGCUGA